UUGUUGUGCAUCGUUACCAAGGCGUCAACGUCCUCUGCCAGGGAGUACUACGCCCGCUGGGAUCAUCUGGACAGCAGGCCUGUGCCAGCGUGGUUUGACGAGGCCAAGGUGGGUGUACUGCUCUACUGGGGCGUGUUCUCGGUGCCGAGCUUCGGCUCCGAGUGGCUCUGGUACCACUGGAAAGGGCGACAGAACAGCCUCUUCUCGGACUUCAUGCGCGCCAACUACAGGCCCAACAUCACGUACCAGGAGUUUGCAUCGAAGUUCACCUGCGAGUUCUACAACCCCGAACACUGGGUCGAUCUACUACAGCGAUCGGGCGUCAAAUACGCUGUGUUCACAGCAAAGCACUUUGAGGGCUACGCGAUGUGGCCAUCCAAAUACUCCUGGAACUGGAAUUCUAAGGACGUGGGCCCUGAAAGAGACCUGCUUGGUGACUUCGCCCGAGUCCUGAGGGCCACUAGCCGUCUCAAGCUUGGGGUCUACUACUCUCUGUACGAGUGGUUCAAUCCCCUGUUCCUCGAUGACAGAGAAGCCAGCUACAAGAAAAACGAAUUCGUUAGGCACAAGAUAGCUCCGGAGCUGCACGACCUGGUCCGCAGGUACGAGCCGGACCUGGUCUGGUCCGACGGAGACUGGGAGGCCCCGGAGAGCUACUGGGAGAGCACCAAGUUCCUCGCAUGGCUCUACUCAAACAGCACCGUCCAAGAUACAGUGGUGACAAACGACCGAUGGGGCAAGGGCCUGUGGUGCAAACACGGCGACUUUAGGAACUGCAAGGACGGGAACAAUCCAAAAGUACUGCAGAAGCGCAAGUUUGAAAACGUCAUGACCCUGGACAGGCUCUCGUGGGGCUACCGCAGAAACGCCAGACUCCGGGAUUUCCUCAGUGACUACGACCUUGUGCGAACCCUAGUCGAGACUGUGAGCUGCGGCGGCAACCUUCUUGUCACCGUGGGUCCCACACACGACGGACGCAUACCGCUGCUAGUCGAAGAGCGGCUCGUCACCCUGGGCCAGUGGCUAACUCUCCACGGGGACGCCGUGUUCGGGUCGAGACCCUGGGUCGCCCAGAACGACUCUGUGUCCGGAAAUGUCUGGUACACGUCUUCCGAGAUGCCCCCAUCAGCUGCGUCGAACGGGUCCACUCCAAGGGCCGCAACACCGUCUGCACUCGAGACCGAGCCUCUGGUGCAUGCCUUCCUACUAGAGUGGCCUUCCAGCGGCCUGCUGCGUCUCGGCUCGAUAUCGCUCAGCGACAAUAGCCAGCUAAGCCUAGUCGGCGCGACGCAGAAGCUCAGCUGGAAGGCCGUGGGUGACAUGGUCAUCGUGAACCUGCCUACGCCGCCGGUCAACGUCGCCUCAAGAGUCGGUGUUUGGGUAGUGCGGAUGAGCGGCGUACAGCCAAGACCCACGCGGCGCGUUUCUUGA